GCAGUGAGCAAAGGGUCGAUCGUGUUCUCGACUAUAGAUGACGAGGCUGGGGAAAAAUUGGACGAGAUAUUCGGACUGAAGCCCAGUUUCGUGAGGGUGCAACCUAGCCGUUGCUUGUUACCGCCGAAAAUCAUCUUCUACGCGCAGAAGAUACGCGACAUGACGGUGUACGAGGACGACGUCUGGAUGAUCUCGUUUCCUCGAACUGGUAAAUGUUUUAGUAAUGCAAUUCUAUAAAUAAACGUGAUUCGUAAUAAUAAUUUAAAAGAAAACUUUCACAUCCGACACAAAAUUGAAAAAAAUUAUUAUAAU